UAUACACAGUCGGUUGCCACAGCUCGUUCAGUCGGUGUCCAGUCCGCAACCGGUACUACUCCCGCCGCCGAUAGAAAAACGAGUCGCCAAUAUAAAUCGUCGCGCCAACAGUGUUCCGGUCGUGUAAAAAAAUCUCGUCUACGUGAUAUCAUCCGUCACCGACAUAUUAUUAUUAUUACCAUCAUCACUCGGUCGUCUCGAAAAUCACACAUUUCAUUAGUCGUCUACAACAAUUGUAUCCGCCCGUCUACUUCAGCAGUCACGCCUCAACACAGAUUACAUUUCAGCAAUGAGGAACUUUAUAAAAAAAUUCAUAGCGUAUUGUAACAGAUAACUAUCACUAACACUACAGGAAUGAGACACUUAGGCAAACCGUUGUUGGGUGCCGUGUUAUUACUGUUGAUGUGGCUUGAGAGCAACGCGACCGAUGCCAAAGACGACCCAUCGGAGCAACCGCACUCGCGAAAAAAACGGUUGUUAUGGAUCACCACGGACGGCCGACUGGCAUUACCGCCAGGCACAAGGCUGACCAUCACGCCAUCGCUGUCUCUUCCGUUCGUCAGAUAUCCACCUGACGGAUUCCUGUCCAAUAUGUCCAUCAGUCUUCCAUUUACAAUCGACUUUGACGCGCUAGGAUUAACCGACAACCAGAAUCCGUUCGGCGCUUUUCCGCCAUUGCUAGCCAGAAGUAUGGGCAGACAGGCCGGUUCUGUGCUGGCCGACUAUGUGGCUCAGCUUAUGGACGGCCGAAGAUCUACCAGAUCCGUGCCCACGUUACCCAAGCCAAUACAUUCGUACUUCCAAGGAGGAGAAAGAGCACUGUUGUAUACCGUCGUGGAAGACUUGCUGACCAACUUCGGAAUGGACGGUAAGGCUUGUUUGCUUCGAGCCAUAUGUGAAGUUCACGGUCAUCAGGCCAUCCACAAGUUUGGAUUCGUCGGCGAAUUUCUUCAGUUGUUCCUAACGGCUAGCAGAUCGUCGUAUGCCGAUUUAAUGAAGGACUACGUGACCGCCGAAACGGUGGGCAAACACAGCAAAGAAUGUUACCCUUACUUCAAAGAAUGUCCAAAAUCGCUGUUUACAAAUAAUCACAAUUAUUCUAAAAACCAAGAUUGGCCACCGGACGAAGACGAAGAAUCGGUGGAAACGGUCGACGCCGACGACGGCGAAGACCUGACCAACGAUAUAUUAUCGGCCGACGACCGGAAGGAGGCGGCGAGCGGUUCAUCAAAAGUGACGUUGGCUCCAGCACCGGUUGCCAUGUGACCCGAAUAUCCGCUAUAAGGAUCGUUCCAAUCAUUUAUAUAUAUAUAUAAUAUAUAUUAUAUUAAACUGUCGACGAAUUUAUCGUUUAUGGUCGGGGCGGACAAAAUGUCGCGUGUCGUCUUCUUGGCUUUAUAAGUGUAUUAUUAUUAUUUUCUUUUUUUUAAAUCUAUAGCUCUUUUUGUUUCUUUUCCUCUCAUACCAAAUCGUGCGUGGCCGACAAAAAACGUAUAGGUAUGUAAUCGCCGGACCUCCCGACAGUUUUCCGGUUGUUAUAAUAGGUGUAACUUUAUGUAUAGCUACUGCUGCUGCGACACAACAUAAUAUUAUUAUUAUAGGCACUAUUGCACCUAUAUUUAACUACUAUUUUUUUAUAUAUCAACUAUCCUGGUUGCGUUUAGCCGUAAAUGCGAGUAUAAUAAUAUUAUAUUAUAUUUAUAUUACCACAUAAUAUUACCUACUUAUGGUCUGCGGGAAAACGGCCAUUGAAAUAUUAUCCGCAGUCUUCUUCGUAUACAGCCCGUUUUGUUUUUCAACAAUCGGCUAAAGAGUAAUGUUCACGAAAAUUUACGGCAUCGAACACAUUGAGUUAACACUAUAUUGAGGUUUUUGUUUGUAAUUCACAGUAUUUCUUUUGGAAUCAGACAACCACAGAAUUGUAUUUCUAAAUGUUUUUCACUCUACAACGAAAAUUUACCCGUACAAGAAUUUUUUUUAAAUGUUUAUUGAUAUCAAGGAGAUUGAAAGCGAACGGGUUUUAAGGAGUUUUUUAUAUAGGGAACAUUUAAGAAAAAAAGGGGGUUUCAAAUUUCGACCAUGUCAAUUUUUUUACACAUUAAUUUGCACGACCUUCACAGUAUUUUUUUUAAACUUAUACGCAUUUUUCAAUGAGUAAAUGCCAUUUAGAUGGAAUUUUUGACCAAAAAGCUAGACAAAAUUACUAAUGCUGACUUUCUUCUCCUUUAGUUCUUUUUCAAACCCGCAACCCAUAUUUCAUUUGUCGGGCACGGCCACUCAGAAUUAUCAGAAACCUAAAUUUUAUUUUUACUUACUACCUAAAUUUAACUAUAGCGACACGUAUUUGAUAAAAGUAAUUUGACGAUCAACGAUCAAAGGAUAUUUGGCGGUGUAAAAUAAUAUUUUUAUAUAUUUCUACAUUUAAAAGGAUUCCCGAAAACGAAACAAAAAGAGGACUUAAAAGUACGCAUAGCAUAGCUACGACUUGGAAAAUGUGUUUUUCUUUCUCUUUUUGUUUCGUUUCUCACCUUAACAAAAAUGUAUAGUUAUUAUUAUAGUUAUUUUUAGUAUAAUAUUGUAGUUGUUAUUUAUUAUUGUAAAUGUAGCCUCAUCAAGGUGUAUUUAUCGUCGAGAUUAGAAUUUAGGUUGUGCCAUCUGUAGUUUUGUAAUCUAAAAUACCUAUUAUAUUGUUUUAUUUAUUUUGAAAGUGUUAUUAUUUAUUUUUAUCUUUGUAGAUAUUAAUUAUACUAUAACCAUGUACCUACCUUGUUAACUUAUGAUUAUUAUUACAAUAAAUCUAUACGUUUGGCCAAUUCA